AUUUCUUGUGAGUUGUAAAACGCGCAUCAAUCCCUCAGGAGGAUUUUGGGUAUUAGAGGGGUUUUAAUAUUCGUUAAAGCGUGUUUAAGGAGAAAAAAUUAGCUCUCGGUCUUAUCUUUAAAGUAACGAUAAGGAAAAUUGUUUGUUUGUUGUUAGUCGAGGUUUAUCCUUUUCUCUGAUCGGCCGUAUUCCAUGGGUGGGGAGUGAGGAAGAGGGAGGAUUGAAGGGACGCAAGGUGAACCUGGCGGUGGCAAGGAACUAGAAAACUUGUCUCUCUUUCCCCCAGUCGUUGUAGUUUAGCCCGUCUGGAAUCGUUUUACUUCUCGGGACGAAGACUAGAUUUAGACUGGUCUGACUUUUCAGGGUGGGGUUUGGGCUCUGUGUUGUGCGACUGUUUUGGGAGUGCACGUACGUGUACAGAUGGGUGCCAACAGGAGACCCCAUCAGAACGCCUCCUCUUCGGAGAAAACGCCGAACUUUUCCGUUCAGUCUUUUUUAAAAUCUAUCAAACACAAACUUCGUAAAGAUGGUGAUAAGGUGACAACUGUAGUAGCAACACCGGGGAGGGGCCCUGACAGACCUUUAGAGGUGUCCUAUAUGGACACAAAGGUCAUUGGAAAUGGAAGUUUCGGAGUUGUUUACCAAGCAAAGCUUUGUGAGACCAAUGAAAUGGUUGCAAUCAAAAAAGUUCUUCAGGAUAAACGGUUUAAGAAUCGAGAACUUCAGAUUAUGAGGCGUUUAGAACACUGUAAUAUAGUCAAGUUAAAAUAUUUCUUCUAUUCAGGUGGUGAAAAGAAGGAUGAGGUAUACUUGAAUUUAGUGCUUGAAUAUAUACCUGAAACCGUGUACAAAGUUUCAAGACACUACAGUAAAUCUAGACAAACGGUCCCCAUUAGUUUUAUUAAGCUGUACAUGUACCAAUUAAUGAGGAGUCUUGGUUACAUUCAUUCACUCGGCAUAUGCCAUAGAGAUAUUAAGCCUCAAAAUCUUCUCUUACAUCCUGAAACAGGUGUUCUAAAGCUUUGUGAUUUUGGUUCUGCAAAACAUCUUGUCAAAGGUGAACCAAAUGUUUCGUACAUUUGCUCUCGAUACUACAGGGCCCCAGAGCUUAUAUUUGGCGCAAUAGACUACACAACAAAAAUCGAUGUGUGGAGUGCAGGCUGUGUCUUGGCUGAACUUCUCUUGGGCCAACCAAUUUUCCCAGGUGAUUCUGGUGUUGAUCAGCUAGUCGAGAUCAUUAAGGUCCUCGGAACGCCAACAAGGGAACAAAUAAGGGAAAUGAAUCCAAACUAUACGGAGUUCAAAUUCCCUCAAAUCAGGUCGCACCCCUGGCAAAAGGUGUUUAGAUCAAGAACGCCACCCGAAGCAAUUGACCUUGUUUCUAGGCUCUUAGAGUACACACCUUCAUUAAGAAUCACACCACUGCAAGCUUGUGCUGAACCAUUUUUCGAUGAAUUACGAGAAGCAAAUACACUCUUGCCAAAUGGUCGGCCGUUACCUCCGUUAUUCAACUUCACUGAACAUGAGUUGAGCAUUCAACCUAAUCUGAACUCGAUUCUUGUACCGAGAUCACAGGCAGGUAACACGCCGUCUGAAGGCGUCGGAGGCAGUGGUACAGUUUCUCAAGUUGCAAGCGCCAAUGCCACAACUGAUCAGCCAGAACAACCACCUGCUUCAGAAUUGACGCCAGAAGGGACACAACCCCAACCAGCAGCCACUGAUAUGGCAUGAAUUUUGGCGUGAUCUUCAAGCUGUCACAAUGAUGCAACGAGCUAGUGGUGGUAACCAAACAUAGCCUCAUUUUGUACAGACCUUCCCCUUUAAAUAAAUAUAUAUAUAUUUAUAUGUACAUAAGUAGUAUAUGUAUAUGUAUAUAUAUUUAAGAAGAAAAAAGUUAAAAUAAAAAUACUGUGAAACAAUUAUUAUUAGAUGUCACAUUUUAAUUGUUUUUAAAACAAAAACCUAAAUGUUUACAGAUCUGUUUAAGAAUAAGAAUGGAUUUGUAGACUGUUGUUUUAUAUAUACAUUCGUAUAUAAAAAAUAUAUAUAUAUUUACAAAACACCUAUUUAUAUGUGAAUUUAUGUGGUUUUAAUUAUUUUUUAAAUUUAAAUUGUUAAGGUGAAUUGAUUUUUUUUUUUUUUUUAAAGCCCUUGACAUAAAAAAGUAAGUGUGAUUAUAGGAAAUUUUCUUCGUUCUUAAGUAUAAUUUAAAAAAAAAAUUGACUAAGCGUUCUUAAGAUGAAAUUGAGGGAUUAAUAGCAAUCUGAACCAUU